AUGAUACUAACGUUCGUACACUGUUUAGCCGUUAUUACGGGAUUAGCCUUUGCAAAGUCAUAUCAGCAACAGCAGGCAGUUUUAGCGCCAUCGCAGAAUAUACAAUUAAGAGAUAUCCAUAUAGGGGAUAUAAAUUUUAUCCAUACGACAGAUACACAUGGCUGGUUGGGGUCCCAUCUGUCACAAGCUAACUAUGAUGCUGACUGGGGAGAUUUCGUCGCAUUUGUAGACAUAUUCAGGGAGAAAACUUCACAACUGUACAGGGACGUGAUAGUCAUUGAUACUGGCGACAAAAGAGAUGGUAAUGGUUUGAGUGAUGCUACUUGGCCUCCCGGCCUACGGAGCUCGAAGAUAUUCAACAUGAUGGACUAUGAUCUCUUGACUUUAGGAAAUCAUGAAUUAUAUACAGCUGAAAGUGCCAUACUAGAGUAUAGAGGAACUUCUCAGUCCUCCAAAUUCAAAGAAAAAUACGUUUGCAGUAACGUGGAAUUCAUUGAAGAUGACGGAAAGAGGGUGCCUUUCGGCAAUAAAUACGUCACGUUUGAGACACCCAUAACGAGGCAAAGAGUUCUGGCAUUAUCGUUUCUGUUUAGUUUCCAAAGAGCAAAUAACAGAGCAAUUGUAACCCCACCAUUAGAAGAAAUGACAGAGAAAAGCUGGUUCCAGGAUAUGGUCGAGACAAACAAAGAAGAGAAUAUUGAUUUGAUUAUUGUCUUCGGUCAUUUGCCUGCCACUGACCCUACAGAGCGUGAAAUGCACAAGAUUCAUGCUUUAAUAAGGAAAGAAUACCCAAACACCAUUAUACAAUAUUUUGGAGGGCAUACUCAUAUUAGAGAUUUUGUACAACUAGACUCGAAGUCUACCUGUCUACAAAGUGGUCGAUUUGCGGAAACUGUCGGGUUCUUGUCAAUUAAUAUAACGAACUCUUUGGACGGCGACGGACCUAUUUUCUCAAGAAGGUAUGUUGACUUUAAUAAAGACGCUUUCAAAUACCAUUUAAGCAGAAUAGGGCAUGACGCGAAUGUGCCAGCAUCAACGAAGAAAGGUAAAACCAUUUCUCGUUUAGUACAUGAUCUGCGCCAUGAACUGAACUUGAACGAAAAAUUGGGGUAUAUUCCUCAGACCUACUACGUGUCAACAAGGCCGUUAGACUCUGAAGAGAAUCUUUAUCAUUUGAUCACGCAUAAGAUUUUACCUAAUUUAGUUCCUUCAAAGAACUAUGAACCUUCGAUGAGUCGCUUCAUUUUGAUUAACACUGGCUCUGUUAGGUACGAUCUUUACAAAGGCCCAUUCACAAAGGAUACUGAAUAUAUAGUUAUGCCCUUCAAUAAUGAUUGGCGCUUCAUCACAGUCCCAUUGGUCGUUGCCUCCAGGGUGGAAGGUUAUUUAAACAAGGGCCCUGUCAUUGCCUCAUUAGGAGUACCAUCAUCUCAUCAUAAGCAGCAUUUUGGCGGUUUUCAGAAGUGUCCCUUAGUAAACAAUCCAAACUUAAGCGACGGUUACACCACAGAAGACGACUUUGGAUGUCACGGUGAUGACACACCUCACAAUUCACAAAGGGAAUAUGAUAUCCCCAAUGUGGUGCAAUGUAAAGAGGUGAAAAAUUUACAGGGAGGGGAAACUGAUCCGUUGAGGAUGGUUCACGUCAUCUUCUACUCAUUUAUGGAACUCGAUAUAUUAAACGCUGUAAAUUCUAUUAUAAAUGAUUUAGGAUUACGUAUGGAGAACUUGACUACCAAUGACUGUUCCCACUAUGGCGGUGAUUCAACCAAAAAGUUAUUACGAGAUUACUUUUCUCAAUUUUAG